GAAUUUCUCUUCUCUUUUUCUAAUAGUUUAUUUUCCUUUAUUUAUUUUCGUUAAUUUCUCUCUCUAAAUUUAUUUCUUUCUCUCUCUAACAUUCUCUUAUCAAAAGUGAAAUCGAAGCUGCGAGAAAAAAAAAAAAUAGAAAAAAAGAAAAAAGGAAAACAGAUCGGAGUAAUACGAACCAGAAUAUAACUGAAACCCUAACCCUAGCCGCAGUUUUAUCCACUUCUGACCUCACCCGCUCGCGCCAGAUUGAAGACGAGUCUUGGAAUAGAGGGUUUCUUGUUCAUGGAAAGCUGCAUGCGAGGAGGAAUUGAGGCUCAGGUCGAUCUGAAUUGGGAUUAGGAAUCACUAGGUUUUCGACUAUGGAUUGUUUGUGUGGUUAUUGUCGGUGAUGACCGGAGGGAGAUGUCACCGGCGGAAGAAGAUGAUGGGCAGGGGUGCGGUCGGAGGUUGUGGCACCGAGGAGAGGCCUUGUCCAGUGUCUAGGGUUCCGGUGAAGAUUCCGGCGACUCUACCGGAGGUUGCAGAGAAGACGGUGUCGUCAGUUAGUGUCGAUUUCUUUUCGCAAGCUAAGAAAUCUUUGUGUUUGCGCUCUCCGUUUGAUAGUUCCGAUGAGGCUUUGGUAUCGACUGUGCCCACCUUGCCGAGUGGGUUGGCUAGAUUUUUGUCUAGGCAGUCAGAUAGUCGGAAACGGCACAAGAAGUCUCAUUCGGGUGCGGAGAAGAAGAAGUCUUCUCGGCCCAGUGAAAAAUCCAAAAUCUCUAACAUUUGGGUUGAAACUGAAGAGUACUUCAGGGACUUGACAAUGUCGGAUAUAGACGCGUUGUCCGAGGUGUCUCUGUUUAGUACUUCAGCUACUCGCAAGUAUUUCUUGAUUCCGGGUUUGGGAAAUGCUAGGGGAGCACAUGCAGGUUGUUGCAGUGAAGAGAAGGUGAAGUUCAGCAAUGAAAAUGGGAAUUUCCAAGAUGAGAAUGUAAAUUCUGGACAUGCAAAUGAGGUCGUUAUAGAAAACGCUACUGGUGAAAAGGAAAAUGAGAUUGUGAAAGAGGAGGUAAAAGUAGAGGACGACGAGCAGUCUAUGGACAUUGAUGGUGUGGAAGAUGCUGAUAUGGCCCAGAAAACAAGUUCUUCCGUUUCAGAACCGUCUCGCGGUCUUGAAUGGCUUUUAGGUUCGAGGAAUAAGAUUUGUUUGACUACGGAGCGUCCUUCGAAGAAACGAAAGCUUCUAGGGGGUGAUGCAGGGUUGGAGAAAGUUUUGGUAGCUUCUUCUUGUGAUGGGAAUACAUCCUUAUGCCAUUUUUGCUCCACUGAUGAUUCGGGGAAAGAAUUGAACCGGUUGGUAUCCUGUAGUUCUUGUCAGGUUUCUGUUCAUCGGAAGUGUUAUGGCGUACAAGAGGAUGUAGACUCAUCAUGGCUGUGUUCAUGGUGUAAACAGACGACUGAUAGUAAGGAUUCAACAAAGCCAUGUGUCCUUUGCCCGAAGCAGGGUGGUGCUUUGAAACCUGCUCAUAAAAGUGUUAAGAAUGAAGAAUCCGUGGAUUUUGCUCAUUUGUUUUGCUCUCAGUGGAUGCCCGAUGUUUAUGUUGAGGACUUAGUGAAGAUGGAGCCGAUUAUGAAUAUUGAAGCAAUAAAAGAAACUCACAAAAAGCUAGUGUGUAACAUAUGCAAGGUGAAGUGGGGCGCUUGCGUUCGGUGCAGUCACGUUUCUUUUCUUUUUGGUUCAGGAAGUUGCAGGACUUCUUUUCAUCCUCUAUGUGCAAGGGAGGCUAGUCACAGAAUGGAAGUUUGGGGAAAACAUGGUUGUGAUAAUGUUGAGUUAAGGGCUUUUUGUUCAAAGCACUCGGAAGUACUGGAUAAAAGCAUUACCUAUCGGUCAGCAAACCCUUCUGUAGUUUCUGGAAGUAAUUCUGAUUCCAUGGACCAUCUUUCUGAGAAGGAAAAUGUUAGCCAUAGAAAUGGAGAAAAUACUGCAGUCCAAUUAGAAGUGCCUGACAUCAUUUCUGACAGGCGUGAUGGUGAAUCUCAAGGGUGGAAUGAUUCACAGCCACCUAAUGAUCUGGGGACCCUUGAAUGGGGCAGUGAUGAUGUUAAUGUAUCCAACUCAAAUUUUAUAUUAAUUUUGAAGAAGUUGGUUGAUCGCGGGAGAAUAAAUGUGGAAGACGUAGCAUCUGAAAUUGGCAUCUCAUCAGAUUCUCUGUCUGCCUCGCUUGCUGGUGAUACUGUAGUCCCUGAUGUGCAGUGUAAAAUACUUAAAUGGUUUAAAAGCAAUGUGCACUUAUCUAGUCUACAUAAAAAUUUGAAAGAAUCUGAUGUUGCGGAUCCUGUAGCUGUUAAAUCAGUACCCCCACGACGUAGAACCAAAGGCAAUAUUAGGAUUUUAAAUGAUCCCAAAAUGUCAAAACAGUCAUCUCAGGAGAUUUUUAUUGACAAAGAGUCAAUAGUGAACGAGGUCAAGGCAGAUCUACCAAUUGGCAAAGAACCUGAGAAAUCAAGCGAAGUAUCCAUUCUCCAUACUGUUGAAAAGGUACUAUUGAACUUGACUGAUCCUGGAGGGGUUCAACUUUCUACAUCAAUGUGCUUAAAUGAAGCAGGCAGCCCAGUUGAACGUUCAAACUGCAACUCUCAACAAAGUGGUCAAGCAGAGGAUGUUUCUAUUCCUCAGGAUUCUUCGGUGAAUGCAGAUGAAAAUCCACCUUGUUCAGUUGCAGAUUUAGCUGUUCCUAGUCUCCUAAAAACUGAAGCAGAGGCCUUUCAUAGUUUCUAUAUGCAUCCAGAUAUUUGCAAGAAACUACUGCAGAUGCAGAGUAAGGUGGAUGUAAAGACAGCUGCGACAUUUGAGUUUAAUGAUGGUUCCAAAGAUGGGGAUAUAUCUCGUUUUGAGGUGCCCACUAACACCAGCGACUGUUGUAUUCACCCAACUAAAUAUCCAAGGUGCGAAGAGAAGACUUGUAAAGCUGAUGGAGUGACUUUAGAAGAGUUAGUUUUGGCUAGGAAAAUGGGAAUUCUGGAUCUUUCUCCCAAAGAUGAAGUGGAGGGGGAAAUCAUUUAUUAUCAGAGCAGGUUGCUGAGUAAUGCAGUUGCAAGAGAGCGCUUUACUGAUAAUUUAAAAUUUAAUGUUGCCAAGAGUCUGCCACGGGAUGUUGAUCUGGCUAGUAUGAACAGAUGGGAUGAUGUCCUUGUUACCCAGUAUCUUUAUGAGCUUAGGGAGGCAAAGAAGCAAGGGAGAAAGGAGAGAAGGCACAAGGAGGCACAAGCUGUGCUAGCAGCUGCAACUGCUGCUGCUGCCGCUUCUUCUAGGUCCUCUUCAUUUAGGAAAGAUGCCUUUGAGGAAACUACUCAUCAAGAGAACAUGAUGAAGUUGAAUACGACCAGUGUGAGGUUUGGAGGUGGUUCUCAGCUGAUCCCACGGGCAAAAGAGACUCUUCAAAGAGUGGCUGCCCCUAGGAUUUCGCUAGAGAAGCAAACUGAUUUUGCACAGUCACUUAUAGAUUUCUCUAAAGAACACCCUAGAUCAUGUGACAUCUGCAGACGUUCUGAGACAAUAUUAAAUCCUAUCCUAGUCUGUUGUAGUUGCAAGGUUGCAGUUCACCUGGAUUGCUAUCGUAGUGUUAAGGAAUCUACUGGUCCAUGGUACUGUGAGUUAUGUGAAGAAUUAUCAUCAUCCAGAAGUUCUGGAGCUCCAGCUGUCAACUUCUGGGAGAAACCUUAUUUUGUUGCUGAAUGUGGGUUGUGCGGUGGCACAACUGGCGCUUUUAGGAAAUCCUCUAAUGGUCAAUGGGUCCAUGCUUUCUGUGCUGAGUGGGUCUUUGAGUCAAGAUUCAAAAGAGGACAAGUAAAUUCGGUUGAAGAAAUGGAGACUGUGUCAAAGGCAGUGGACUUGUGCCUUAUCUGCCGUCGCAAAUAUGGUGUUUGCAUUAAGUGCAAUUAUGGCCAUUGUCAGGCAACAUUUCAUCCAUCCUGUGCCAGAAGUGCCGGUUUUCACAUGAACAUAGUAAAGACCUCUGGUGGAAAGCAGCAGCACAAGGCUUACUGUGAAAAGCAUAGCUUGGAGCAAAGGGCUAAGGCUGAAACACAAAGACACGGAAUUGAGGAGUUAAAGCGUUUUAAGCAAGUUAGGGUUGAGCUAGAGAGGUUACGUCUUCUUUGUGACAGGAUCAUCAAACGUGAAAAAUUAAAGCGGGAUCUGGUUUUUAGCUCACAUGAGAUACUUUCUGUGAAAAGAGAUCAUGUGGCUCGUUCUUUGCUUGUUCAAAGUCCCUCCUUUCUUCACGAUGUCAGUUCAGAAUCCGUUACAACAUCUCUUAAGGGCAACACAGAUGGUUAUAAAUCAUGCAGUGAAGCAAUUCAACGUUCAGAUGACAUAACCGUGGACAGCACAAUUUCUGUCAAGCACCGAAGUAAAGUGUCUGGUACCAUGGAUGACCAAAGGACGGAAGAUGACUGCACCACAUCUCAUAAUCAUCUUACCCGGAACCAUAUGGAGAGGCCACAAUUUUCAGGAAAACAGAUUCCUCAUAGACCUUCCGUCGCCAGUAAUCUCGUAGAUGAUGGAGGAUGGAGGUCAAAGUUGAAAAAGCAAGAGACAUUUGGGAAAGAGCUGGUAAUGACAUCAGAUCAAGCGAAUGUGAAAAACAUGCGCUUACCUAAAGGUUAUGCAUAUGUUCCUGCUGAUUGUCUUUCAAAUGAGAAGCAGAUCAAUCAGGACUCCUGCUCUGGUGAACCAUUAGAACCUGGUGGGUAGCAAGAGAUAUGAGGUUGGUUUUGAUUUUGCACCAAGGAUAAAAAAAUCCAAAUCCUUCCUGGUUCCCGGAUGUGUAUUUCCCAUGCAUUUUCUUUUUUGUCAAGCUGAACGGAGGCUCCUGAAACUGCAAUGCUUGUCUGAUUAAUGAGGGGACCGCUGGGUUAGGUUUUUUGCCAUUGCAGCAUCCCUGUGAAACGGAAAGAUGUCAUCAUAUUGUAAGUUUAGCAGGGAGGUUGUUGCAGCAUUGUUGUAUAUUCGUGAUGAGAGAUUAAUUGUACAGUGGGAGUGGGUGGAGGAGGGGGCCUAUUAUUCCAUUUAUAUUUGUUAGAAAGUCAAUGUUUCUUUCUGUAUGUUGUUAAUGUUGUCCUUUUAGAAGGAUCAAAAGCGAAGCUCAUCUCAUCUCCAGCCCAGAUCUGGUUGUAACAUUGCACAAGAAGAUCAAGGGAUCAAUCACCUACUGUGCCUGUGCCUGUGCCUGCUCUGUAAAGUUAGUGUAUAUAUAUUCUUACAGCAACAGUCUCAUCUUUAGGAAAUUAGUUUCGCUCAAUUGGAUUGGAGCGAUGAAAUUAUUUCUAACCAGAUUGUUCUCUUUAUUUUUUUUCAGUUUAUUCAUUCUAUAUAUUUUGCUAUCUUCUAUAGGGCAUGUAGCAACUAAAAUAGUUGGAAGGAAAUGGUUUCGCAUUGUUAAUAAUAAUUUUAGAUAUCGGGGUUGGAGUA